AUGCAACAACCUCCCGCGUGGGUAGUAGCCUCAUGGCCUACACCAAAUUAUAUCGAUCCAGAAACACAUGGCAGCCAUGUUGAAUUCGGACUCAAAAUGGUCAUGUUAAUAGAGAUCAUGUUUGCAGCCGCAUGCACCCUCACCAAACUAUCCAUGUUAAUGCUUGUUCGUCGUAUGUUAACCAGUGCCUCGAUGUUUUGGAGAAGGGUUACUUUGGGUGCUAUUUGUGUAGAUUACUGGAAAGUGACUAAAGAUCCUCAACCAAACUGUAUUGAUCAGUCUUCAACACUCCUACUCGCCGGAAUCGUCAAUACCCUUACCGACUUCCUGGUCGUUCUUCUUCCUAUCCGUACUGUGUACUCAACCAAUCUCCCCCGCCGUCAGAGCCUCAUCGUAUCCUUCCUCUUCACCCUUGGUUUCCUCUCCUGUUUCGCAGGUAUCGUCCGCACUUACUACAUGUAUAAAGUUACACAAGUAUGGGACCAAGUAUGGGCUUCAUAUCCCGUAUGGAUCACUGCAGCCGUGGAAUUGUAUAUUGGAAUUAUCUGCACCUCAAUUCCCGCCACCAAAGCCUUCUUCGUAACCUACAUCCCCAAACUCUUCAACUCGCAUCCAUCAUGCAGCUCAGGUUCCUCGCAAUCCCCCCGAAUCUACACUCCCAGAUACAAUUCCAAAGGCGAAAACCUCGCAAGCCCCCGUUUUGGCAUCACCUCUACAUCCAAAGCGCCGAAAAUCCUCCACAGUCAAAGUUCAAAAACGCCUCUGAGCACCGAUGAUUCCCUCUACGAUCGUACAAUUGGCACGAGUAUCUUCGAACUAUCGAGUUUUACCAGUACGACGAGUAGUAAUCGCGCAAAGGGGACCAUGGAUGAGGAAAUGGGCAACGCACCUUUCGUAGUUUUGGAAGAGGAUGAUAAUGAUAAUGAUACCGCCAAUACCAAUAGCAAUACUCAUACCAAUAACCCUACCCUAAGCAGAGGAAUAAUCGGAUCAUUGCGACGGAAUCGAGAACGAGGAAGAGAAAAUCAAAACCAAAACCCAAAUUUCCGCGCAACGGAUAAUCAAGAAUCUAGACGACAGAAUGAAAAAGAGAAAGAGAAAGAAGGAGGAUGGGAUAUCCACAUCGAUGUAGUACGAACCGUAGAAGUAGAAGAAGAACAUAUUGAUGAGAAAAGAAUAUAA